UCCCAAUCCCCAUAAAAUCCCCCUACACAUCUCUCCAACAAACAAACCAUCCCACUCCAUUUCCUCUAUUUCCAAACUCUAGUUAAAUUCAAGAGAAAUGGACCAAACCCUAGUCUCCACAUCCCUCCUCCUCACCACCCUCCUCCUCCUCCAGUGCACCACCACAACCCUAGCCCAAGCCCCAGCUCCCGGGCCGGCCGGCCCAACCAACGUGACCAAAAUCCUCGAAAAGGCCGGGCAAUUCACCACCCUAAUCCGCCUCUUCAAGAUCACCCAAAUCGGAGACCAAAUCAACACACAGCUCAACAACUCGAACCAAGGGCUAACCAUCUUCGCCCCGACCGACAACGCCUUCGCCAGCCUCCCCGCGGGCACCCUCAACUCCCUGUCCGACCAGCAGAAAGUGUCACUCAUCCAAUUCCACAUCCUCCCAACCUACCUCACCACCACGCAGUUCCAAACCGUGAGCAACCCCGUCCGCACCCAGGCCGGCGACAGCGCCAACGGAGCCUUCCCCCUCAACGUCACCACCUCCGGCAACCAGGUCAACAUCACCACCGGCGUCAACGAGGCCACCGUGUCCAACACCAUGUACACCGACAACCAGCUGGCGGUGUAUCAAGUGGAUAAGGUUCUUCUCCCUCUGAGUAUCUUUGGCACGCCGUCUCCUACGCCUGCUCCGACUUCGCCCAAGGCUACUAAGAAGAAGGCUGCGGCGGCGGAUAGCCCCGUGGCUUCGCCGGAUGCGUCGGAUGCGGCGGGUGAUCGGCGUCGUGUGCAUGGAGUUGUUGGAUUUGGAGUAGCUGUGGUGGCGAUGCUUUAUCAUUUGUGAGGAGAUUCAUUAUUGCUACAUCAUUUUUGUUUCAUUUUAUAUUCAAUUUGUAACUUCUUUUAUUUUUAUGCUUUUGUUGUGUGUAUGUUGAUUUUUCAUGCUAUUCAAGACGUGUAACGAUUGGUGCGAAAUAUUUCAGUAUUUGUUGAUCUUA